UAAUUUUGAUCUUGUAUGGCGGUAAAUGUUAAUGUAUUUAUGUGUUCGAUUUAAUACAGAAAUAAAUGUACUCGUCUGAAAGAUACAAAAAUGAGUUUGUUUCAAAACAACACUGUUUAACGAUAUGUUGAUUAACUGUCAUUAAGAUUUGUGCGCAUUAAAAACUAAUGAAAGGAAUUUCGGCAAAAUGUUUUGGAGCUAACAAACAGGUUAACGAAAACGCAGUGUAUCUGCAAACAGACUAAUUGUUUUCAAACAAAGAAGAUGGAAUCAAAUAAUAUUUGUCAGUUUAUAUUAGAGCGUGUUAAUAAUCCGGCUACAGUUCUUCUUGAUAAACCAGGACACACAUACACUUGUGGCAGAGCCAAAGAUAAUCAAAUAGUAUGUCUUAGUUUGACAGUGUCUCGACAUCAUUGUAUUUUUUUCCAUGGCAAAAAUGAAUUAUAUGUUACGGAUUUAAAGAGUUCUAAUGGUUUGUUCAUAAAUGGAAUUGCACAAACACCAUUUCAAACAACUAAAUUACAAUUAAAUGAUGUUAUUGGUAUUGGUUGUCCAGAUGUUGCUGUUACAGACAAUUCUAUGUUUGCAUACAAAUUACGCAUGGUCAAUACACCACAAACAUCUGAAAACAACCAUAAUAACACUCCCGUUUUAGAAACCAUAUCAGAUUUUGCAAAUACAGCUACUACAAAGACUGAUGCUGUAAUUAAACGUAAAAGGGAUGAAAAAAACCAUGACACAAAAGUUUUACCAAAUAAAAUCCCGAAAUUGGAAAAUGAAGUUUCUAUUUUAGAAAAGAACUCUUUUAAAGAUAAGUGUAAAAUAAGCGAUGAAAAUGAUAUUGAAGUAAUUCAUGUUUCAUUAAAUAACAGUACAGUGGAUAAGAAUAGCAGUCAUCAUGAGUCUUUAAAAAAUAAUGCAUCAAAUGAUACACCAAAUGUAAGUAAGCAAAAUACAAAAGAGGUUGAAUCAUCCUCACAUUGUGAGAUGGAAAGCAAUAUGCAAGAAAAAGAGAAUUCCGUUGCUAUGUGUAAAGAUAAGAAACAAUUACAUAAAAAUGUACAGAAUGCAGAAAAUAAUCAUGUUCCUAGUACACACUUUAAAAGUGUUACAAAAGAAAAUGACGAAAACAUUCAAACUAAUUUGAAAGAUGCGAAUUCUAAUGCGAAUCAAACGUCCAAACAAUGCAACAAAGCAGAUAAUAAUACAAACGAAAGCAAAACAUUAGAUAAGAUUGAAAGUACAAAUAGACUUAGUACUCAAAAUAACGAAUUUAAGAGUCCCACCACACUACCUCCAAAUUUUAUAACUAACGGGGAUACUAUAAUUAAAUUAGAAGAUGAAUUACAAUUAACAGAUACUGAUGAAGAAGUUUAUAAUACUUUGUAUCAAAAUCAACUUCCAGCUGUAUCUCCAAUAAAACUGAAAAAGGUACAGCAAGAACCAAAAACACAAUUUUCAGAAGUUGAUGUUGUCAACUUAAGUGAUAGCGAGGAUGAUAUUUUUCCAUGUUCUCAAUUAUUUGAUCUUAAAUUUGGUAUGAAUACCUCAGUCAAAGAUGAAGUUAAAGAAGAACCUACAGAAAUAGAGAAUGAAAGAUUCAGUAUUCUUGAUGAUGCAGAGUUAGUUAUCUCAUUAACAGAUAGCGAAGAUGAGGAUAGUAAUUGGUUACAUAAAUUAUCUAGAAGUCAGUUGCUCAAUGAAGAAGAUGAAAUAGAUCUAAUAACUAAAGAUCCUGAUGUAAAGAAAGAAGAUAUGGAUAUAGAAAUUAUUGAUAAUUCAAACGAAAUUGUAACAAAUAUUGUAACAGAACAAGAAACGGAAUUAGAAAAAUCUAUAGACAAAGAAAAAGAUACAUCAUUACAAGAUACAGAUAAUGUACUUAAAAUGCAUGUACCAGAUUUUACUGCAGAAAAAAUGGAUAUUGACGUUGAAGAUUUCAAUAAAGAAACAGUAGAAUCUUCAACUAGUACCGCAGAGACUAGUAGGAAAGAAGUUGCCGAAUCUGCGAACAAUCAGAAUUUGCAUCUAACUGAGAAAGAAACAGAAAGUCGUACAAAUGCCUCGGGUCCCAGUGCAACAAAAAUUACGCCUUUAAAAAGACAAAAGUCGCUUGAAAAGAAGGUGCCUCAAAUUGAGCCACCUCAUUUACCUACUGGUAGACGAAGCAGUAGUUCUAACACGCUGUUGGAAAUUCCUGCAAAACCUAUGAAACAAAAGUUGAGUGCUAAAGAGAAAAAAGAACAACAAGAAAAAUUAAAGAUAGAAGAACAUUUGCGCAUGAAAGAGGAAAAGAAUCGUAAAAUAAUUCAUAAAUGGGCCAAUUGUCUACCACCUACUAAAAAGAAAGCAAGUACUGCUACCAAAAAAGAAAAUAUAAUAAGUACUCUUAGUAAAGAAGAAAAGAAAGCAUUAGCAGAUUCCAGAAAAAUGAAACUAAAAAAGAUUGCUAUGGAGGAAAAGCGAUCGUCGUUGGAUGAUAAUCAAGAUAAAAGACGUGUUGUUUCAAAACCAAAAGCUAAAGUAACAAUGAAGUCACGAACUGACUUUUUGGUCGCAGAAACAAUUUCUGCGUCUAAAGUAGAAGAAACAAUAGAAAAACCUAAGACUUCAAGUUCAAAGACGAGUAAAUCUUCAAAAAGUAAAAGUAUUCCUAAAGAAAUAUCAACGCAGUUUCAACGUUCAUUGACGAUCAAUGACAUAGGUAGAAUACCAAAAAAAAGUAGUGCAACUAAAGCAAAAGCAAAUAAUGCACCACAAGCAAUACCACCAGAAGUUCAAUUGGGAAACGACAUAGAAAUAAUACUAGAUACGAAUCGAAAAGAAAUAGAGUCAAGCGAGAAGCCAAGAUCAGAGUCUACAUUAAUACAGAAGGAAUCUAAUUUGGUUCGUAAGUCAUGCAUGAGAACAUCACCUAAAAAACAAAAGAAACGAGUAUCUUUUUCUGCAAACUUGAAGAGUGUACAUGUAUAUCAAAUAGAUCAAUCAAAUGUUUUGAAAAAAUUGGUAGGUAAAGAUGCGCCUAUACCCAUUGAAAAAGUUUCAGUAAAGAAACCAACAGGCUCAACAGAAUUUAAUGCAAAAUUAAAUGAAUUUUUAUCCCGUAUCUUCACAUGGAAUCCAAUUUGGCUGGAGGAACAGCAGUAUUUAAGUAUUCCUGCGCCUGUUGUGAGAAACGAAGAGAUUCAUGUAAUGUUGACGCAUUAUAAAUCAUACGAUGACUACUAUAAUAUUCUUGCACCGCUUCUGCUACUCGAAACGUGGCAUUCGAUAACUAAAGAAUUUCAGAAUAUGGAACAGAAUUAUAGGCGACCGACAUUAAUGUGUUCUGUAGUUGAAAACUCCGUUCAAAGAAAUGUUGUUUCAACAAAUGUAGUUAUGACAACUCUGAUGCUAGAAGUGUUAGCUUCGAAAGACGAUAUACAUAAACAAACUCAACCAGUUUUUGGGGAUUUAGUAUUUUUUGAAUACGUUAAAAAUCAUGAGAAGGGACAAACGUUUCAUAAAAUAUUUGCAUACGUUACAAAUGUACAUGAAACAGUAUUAACUCCCAUGACUCGUUACAAUAAGGAUCUAAGGAAUUAUGUAAAAAACCCUCAUUCGUUAUUAACGUAUACUAUGAAGACAAAGCCGCUUGAUAACAAUAUUCCAGUAAAUCGAGUUCAACGAUUAAGAACUGUAACUUAUUUACGUCCUAGUUUAAGAUUGGUACAAGCUUUACAGCAUCUACCAAAUUCGCCAUUAGGAGAUUUAAUUUUAAAUCCAAAAGUCGAGAUGUAUCAGCUACCAAACGUAUCUGAGAAAGAGGCAUUAAUUACUGGAGAUAAGUUAAAUAAAAAACAGUGUGAAGCCGUUUACAAAGUAACUGAGGCCGUGGUACAAAAAGUUGCAAAGUUAUGUUUCAUUCAAGGACCACCAGGCACUGGCAAAUCAAAAGUUAUUGUAAAUAUUGUCACCCAGAUAUUAUAUGGAAACAAUAGAUAUGUAAAUAACAAAAGUUCAUUGAGGAUCUUAGUCUGCGCACCAUCAAAUGCUGCUAUCGACGAAAUUGUCCUGAGACUGUUAGAAAUCAGAUCCAAUAUAAAGAACAAAGGAAAAAUGAAACCCUUUAAAAUGGUUCGUAUUGGCCGAGCAGAAAUGAUGCACGCAACUGUAAAGAAUAUUUCUGUUACUGAACUCGCAAAACGAGACAUUGAAAAAAAUAUGACUUGUUCAAGUAGUAUUACACCUGACAGUGUCGAAAAUGAAAAACUACAUCUUGAAUCUAAAAUGAAUGCUCUGAAGAGUCAGCUUUCAACGUCUAAUACCAUAUCUGAAGAUUACAGGCAAUACAUUAAAAUGAAACUCGGUGAUAUGGUUGUGAAAUAUGAAUUAUUGAAAAACUGUAGACCACUGAAUAAUAAGAACGAACGAGAAUACAUCAGAUUACAGCGAGCUGCCGAAAAUAGAAUUCUUGAACAUGCAGAUAUUAUAACAUGCACUCUUUCUUCAUGUUAUACUAAUCAAAUGGAAUCUAUCUUUGGUAGCAAUAAAAAGAAAAUAUCCGUAUGUAUUGUCGACGAAGCUACUCAGAGUUGCGAGGCGGAAACUCUAAUACCAUUAAUGCUAGGUGUAAAUAUAUUGGUUCUAGUUGGUGAUCCAAAUCAAUUACCUGCAACUGUAUUAAGUCCGCAAGCAAAGAAAUGUGGUCUAGAUCAGUCUAUAUUUUCACGAGUUCAAAAUGCUUUUGACUUCCAGCCAAACAAUCCAAUAAUAAUGUUAGAUACACAGUAUCGAAUGCAACAUGGUAUUUCCUACUGGCCAAAUAAAUUCUUCUACGGUGGAGUUUUAAAAAGUGCAGUAGAAGUAAAUCAUAAAUUUCCAUUUUAUCCAUAUCGAAUUUUGAACCUUAACACGUAUCAAAAUGAUGACAAUUUUUCAAACAAUGAUGAAGCAAAAUUUGUUGCUAAUAUGAUUUUCUCAAUGUUAACGUUUUCCAACUUAGACAGUUGGGAAUCAUGUAUUUCGUAUGGUAUUCUUACACCAUAUAAUAAUCAGAAGUCUGUGAUUAUUGAAAAGAUUAAUGAAAAGGUAUCUUCACUCCCAGAAAAUAUUAAAAGAAAAGUGAAGUUUGAUGUAAAUACGGUUGACGGUUUCCAAGGACAAGAGCGUGAUGUGAUAAUUAUGUCCUGCGUACGAAGCGAGAGGAUUGGCUUUUUAUCGGACCGACAAAGACUUUGCGUUGCUCUUACGAGAGCAAAACACAGUUUGAUAAUAUGUGGAAACUUUAAUGUCUUUAUGGUUCAAUUGCAGAGAGACUUAAUGUGGAACUCGUUAUUAUUGGAUGCCAAAUCACGCAAGGUAUAUUUCAAUGUUAAUGCUAAUUCAGGACCUCAUGAAAUAAAACCUUACAUUAUUAGGGGCAAAACAAAAAAAUGAUUGUUUGCACAUUCAUUGUUAAUAUCAUUAUUGUAUAUUUGUACAUCGUAAAUUAUCAUCCUCGUUCUCGUGUGGUUCAAAUAUGUACAUGUAUUGUAAAUU